AAGGCCCUCCUCUCCAAUAAUGACGCAGAGAAUAUAUAUACUCUAUUAUUUCCUGUCAGACAUUCAAACAGAAACGAUUCCAUUUUGCAGUUUAAAGACUUUCAACGCUUCAAAAUGUCCGAACUUUUGCAUAAGUUGUCAACCAUUUUUGUGCUAUGGCUAUCUCUCGUUCAAUACGGUGGAGAUGCAACAAUGGUAGCACCGACAGGAUGUCCCCUAAAAUUCAUCUUCAACAUGACUAUGGACGACACCGAUUUUUAUGGUAGUUCAUCUGGAAAUUUAACAAACUGUAUGAAAGUGUGUCAAAUGGAAAACACUUGCCUGUCGUUUAAGGCAGAUUUGUUGUUCGAAAAUUGUUACUUUUCGACAAGUCCUGCAACCAGUUCCAGACUUAUUCCUGCCAAUGAUUCUAUGGUUGCAACAGUUGAAGGAAUUAGGGAUCCUUUCUCUUAUUACCUUGUUUACUAUAUGAACGGGGAUUUUCCACGCCAUUGUAAUUUCCGCUCGUUUGCCGGACGAUCAUUUUACUACCGAACAUUUAAGGGUUCGGGUUUUAGUGCUUACUUUGUAUUUGGUUUCAACCCUUAUAUCCCGCUGAAGCCACUUCGUGAAACCACAAGUCCAUCAAGAAUGAGGUGUGCCUCAAUUUGUCAGCGCGAGCAGAUAUGUGUUGCUUUUGCCUACUCAAAUAACUCUCAAAAGCUUUGUGAUCUCUACACAUUCAAUUAUUGA